UACAUGCAGCGCGGCUCCAAGGCGAUGGCGAACCAUUGGGGGCGUAUCCAGUUGGCGUGCAACAAAUGGCAUGGAAUCGUCGAGGAGGUCGCGGCUCGCCCGGAGAGCGGCGCCAGCGUUGAGGAUCAGCUGCUGCGUAUGUUCGCCAUGUAUCGGGGCGACAACCAAGACGCCGACUUCAAGCACCUCCACGUCUACAAGCGCAUUGACAAGUGCGAGAAGUGGGCGGAAGUCCGACGUGCCCUCGACAAGGCCAAGGAGACAUACAAGCCGGGCGCGACGACUCCGGGCGCGUCAGAGGGGCGGCCGGACGGCCACAAAUUGGCAAAGAAGGGGAAAAACACCGACGCGGCAACCGCGCGAGUGCAGGAGUCCAUCGAGCAUUGCCUCGCCGACGCCCAGGCCCGAGCCAUCCUACGCGAAGAGAAGAACGAGGCGCGGUGGUCGUCGCUGAUGAAGAACAAAGCCAUCAAGCUCGACCUGCUCCGGACGAACGUCGCCGCGAAGAAGAGGAACACCGACAUGGCUUUUCUGAUGGGCGGGGCGGACAUGCUCUAG